AUGAAAAUCCCAGGGAUGAGGAUGUUCGGCCCCAAGGGCCACAGGAAGGCAACGAGCCAAGUUCCGUCCUAUUUCCCGGAAAGAAGGCGCCGAAUUUCCAUACAGCCUUGGCUGAGUGGACUGGUCCCCGUCCGGUCCGUCCAUUCCCACCUACGACUCCAGUCAGUGAUCAUCUCGAAGAAAACCGUCCGUCGCCCGUCCACGAUGAUCCCUGCGUUUUCCUCUCAGCUCCUCUUCGGCCUCGUGUGCAUCGCCUCCGUCUCCGCCUGGGUCGGAGUGGAACGUCUCGCCUUCGACCCCGAACAUCAAGACACUUGUCGCUCAGAGAAGAUGGGCGAGAUGAAGAAGGACGAAGUGAAAUUCGAUGAAGUAGGCUGCUUCCAGGCCGUGUGCUCCAUCAGCGAGAAUGUGAACGGCGUCAAGGAAGUCUAUGUCCAUUACACAGGGUGAUUCCAAACCUUCUUUUCAAUCCUGGGGUCUAUUUCAGCUCGCCUUCCAUGAAAUUAUCCUCUAAUUCGAAUUCCAAAGCUAAAACUGGGCCAAAUCUAAAGAGUACACGUGCAUGUCUCUAUGGUUCACCUCUCAUUUUACGCCACAUUUGGAGAUAUUUGGAUUUGGCAUGAACGGAAAGGAAAACAUGUUUUGCCUUUUCGAUUGUUUGUGAAUUUCAUUCAAUAUAGAUGCUCUACAGGCGAGGAACAAGCCUCUAGGAACUCCAACAUCUCAUCGAUAGAGCUUUGUGACCAGACUGAAUGAAUUGCACGUCUUGUUCAUUUAGAUGCGGGACCGUGCUGGCGCCCAAGAGGUGCACCCUGAUGUCCGACUCCAGCAAGAAUUAUCCCCUUUGCUGCCCACAAGUCAAGUGUCCUUGAAGGAAAAAAAUCAUAUGAUCUUGAACAAGCAUGCUUUACUUCUUCGGUGAUGCUUUACUUUUUUAGUGAUCAUUUAAGCAAUAAAUAAAAGUCUGAAAAGAACGAUAAA